AGAGACGCGGUCGCGUCGCCUUCUGUGAUCUCACAGCGUCCAUGACCACCACCCUGUCUUUCCAAGAACCGUCACAAGCCAAAGGGCGCAUAGGGCUUCGCAGACCGCGAAGUUCUAGUCCCAGUGGCCAAUUGCAUCGCGAAAAGCGACAGCGAACAAGCCAACAUGUCAACAUGUCUCCUCCUGCUACCGCCAGCAGGCCACCCUCUGCCAGUAGUGUAUCAACAAGCAUCGGCAAGCAUUACGGCAUCGGCGAUGAGCACGCGCUCGACAACAUCUUUGCUUCCUACCCACAGACGUUCUCAACCUUUCCACGGCCCCACGGCUCACAGGGCCUUGACGAGCCUGCAUUAGACCUACGAUACGAUCGCGAAAUAUUUCUCCAGAACGACUUCCCAUCCGGACGAUCACGAAUGCAGAGAGUAAGGGUACCUGUGCCAGGCCCUGAACAUGACCCUCCGCCUUCGUUCUCUCCACCACAGUCUGCCCAGCCACCUCCCUCCGCAACGAGGGCCGAGUUUGUAUCCGCCAUCAAGUUAGUACGCGAAGUUAUUGGGGAAGGUCGAAGACUCACUGUUGGCCUUGCCCAGUCGUACGAACGAGUGCGCGCGUGGCGUGAGAAAUGGAGCUGGUCACCACUCAGUUCGGAUGCCUACGAUUCUCCUCCCCCGUAUACUCCACCACAUGCGCUGUCUUCACGGUCUACCAACGCGGUAUCAACCUCCCAUACCGUCCGAUCUUCCGCACAAUCCAUGUCGCCAACACUAGAGACAAUCCCUCACCCGCCAAUCCCAGGUGAUCCUUUCCCGACGUUCGAAGCACUCAUCGAGUCUGCCAACGCCUUCGCGAAAGCAAACGGUUUUGGUGUCACCAAGUACAACGGAUACUCGUACAAGGGACGAAGGAUACGUUACACUUUGCGUUGCGAUCGGUUUGGGGAUCCAAAACCCAGUCGGGGCGCAGGUCUACGUCAACGAAAGUCUCGAAAGUGUGGGUGCAAGUGGAUGGUCAUUGCGGAAGCUCUAGAGGAGGGUAGGUGGCUACUCCGAGAGCAUGCAAAUCCCGAACACGGUUAACACAACCAUGGACGUAGCCUGAAACCUUCAGCUCAUCCUGCCCAUCGACGACUUACCACGCCUAUGAAGGCAACUAUUGAGUCGACAAGCCGUCGGGUCGGUGUCCGAGCUCGUGAUGUACGAGCCGUACUUGAAGAGCAACAUCCCGACUCCAUCCUCACACAGAGGGACAUCUACAACGCGCGGGCUCUCAUCAGCCGAGACAAGCUGCAAGGUCGCAACCCGACCGCCGCACUUAUCAAACUAUUCGACGAGAUACAUGUUCCAUAUAUUGUCAAAUGGACUGAUGACGAUCCUGAUCGUCUUGUCGGUCUCGUCUGGACUUUUCCCUAUUGCCUGCAGAUGUGGAGGCGAUUUCCAGAGUGCAUUAGCUUCGACAAUACGUACAACACAAAUCGGUUCAAACUCCCCCUGUUCCAGGCUACUGGGCAAACCUGCCUUGGCACUGUGUUCAACGCUGCAUUUGGUUUAAUCGACAACGAAAGACAGGAAGGAUUCCAAUUCCUCGCCCAGAGUAUUCAGCGGCUUUCAACACAGCAUUCUAUUCGAAAACCGGAUGUAAUCAUCACCGAUUUUGAUGGUCAAAUGAAGGCUGCUCUUAACGAGCAGUUUCCAGAUGUACAGCAGCAGCUCUGUAUUCACCACAUCAACUCAAACGUGCUGCUGAAGUCAAAGCAGAAAUGGACUAAAGAUCAUGCCAGUAACAGCGAUCCCGACAGUAGCGACGGGGACGACCCUACACCACAAUCGGAGGUUCAGCUAGGUGCCAAGGAGAGAGCGCUGAUUCACACAUUGAUUGCUAAGGAUAUCCCUCAAAGCUACCGAGGCGUUCUUAUCAUGUGGAAGGCCGUUUUAUUCGCUGAGACCGAAAAGGCCCACGAAAAGGCUUGGAAGGAUCUUUGCAAAAUGUUCAAUAACCAGCGUGCCAUUCUGCGGUACCUCCACGGAACCUACAUGCCUGUGAGGGCUCAAUGGGCCCGCUGCUUCAUCCGAAAGUACCGCAACUUUGGCAUCCGUGUGACAUCCGGUACAGAGGCAAGUAACAACAACAUCAAGAGCUAUCUGCUGAACGGUAUGAGCCACCUUUACCGACUUGUCGAGGCGAUGCAGGACAUGGUGAAAGAUCAAGAGCGUGACUUUAAGGAUGCUUGUGCGUCAGAUGAAGUUCUGACGUCCCGCGGGUUCCUUGGGCCUGGUUCAGAGUACUUAGGCGAAUUGCGGACCGUCAUGUCGUCGAAAGGUCUCAGACUGAUCGGUACACAAUAUCGCAUAGCUUGUAAGGCGAUGCCUACGGGUAGGAUUCCUUUUCCGGAACCUCUCCAAGAGUGUAACGACGAAUGUUCAGUCUCACUCGAGCUUGGUAUACCUUGCUGCCAUAAGAUCUAUUCCAAGCUUGGGUCUGCGACAUCUUUCAAGAAGUGGGAGGUCCAUCCGCGAUGGCGGCUCCGAGAGUCGUCAACUCAGGACCCAUACCGACGAAUUCUUGACCCGAAGAUUGCCACUGCUCUGCGCGGUAGGCCUAAGAAUACAGCGCAGGCUCUUCCCUCUUCGCUAGCCAUAGAGGGAAACAGCCAAUCUGCCAGUCAAGCUACCAGCACGCCAGCAUGCCAGUCAAUAGGGCGUAAGCGAGGGCGACCAGCCGGAAGUCGAAAUACGCCCAAACUCCCGAGGCUGAGGGAGGAAGCAAGCCAGUCGAUUAGUACGCAACCGGCAGACAGGCCGGUACCUCGACGCAGCGCCAACUGCGUAGCCAACAAGCUAUCCUUGCGUCAGGUAAAACAACAGGAGUACGAGCCAGUGGACGGGGGACGCAACCGAGUAUUCGGCGAACCCGAAGCCAUUGGGAGCUACUUGAUAGUGACGAGGACAUCCUACCUGAGAUUAUAGUGAAAGAGUAGAUACCAAAUGAUCAACCAUAGGGAUAUAGAAACGAAAGCUAUGAACC